AUGGAGUUGGAAUGUAGUCUUUCAAACCUCGCAAGCAUUAUUGGAGUAUUGAAAAAGAAUGCGACGCCGCAGGAGCAAGAAAAAUUGCUGCCUUAUAUAGAAAACUCAGACAGACUAAAUAUGGUAUUUCAGAGGCUGCAGGAAGAAGACUCGUUGGGAAGAUUCUAUUGCUUAAUUCUUCUGCAAAAAAGUCUUGGCAUGCGACGGACAGAAUAUGAUUUGGACGAGUUUUUGUCCAAAAUUCAGUAUUUAAUGGAGUCUAUCAAUUUCACAAGCUCCGUUGAGAUAUCCAAAAUGGCAUCGCUGUACUCAACAGCCGCGCUGUUUUACUGGCCAGUUAAAAUGCCGCAUUUUGUCGGCACGCUGUACUCGCUUAUCAUGAACAGAAGCAAUCUAUGCAUGCCCGUGCUCAAGAACUUUCUGCAGCUUGUGAACAACUCUUUGGACGUUACCGAAGAAAGAAGAUACGAGCUGAAAAAGUCAAUCGGCAAGAUAGAAAACGAUCUUAUGCUGAAGAUGUACCAGUAUGGCACAAGAACCGAUAUGCUUGAGCUCAUUCUGCUGAUGAACCAGAUAGACAUCAUUAAUGAGAGCGUCUUUGUGGAAAUGUUUAAAACGCUUGAUGGAAGCAGCGAGACACUGCAGGUUCUGCCGUUUUUCAUUGAAAACAUCAACAUUAAUAACAACAGCAAUAUAUUCUACACAGUUUUGGCGUAUCUGUGCUCUACAAAAAGCAUGCUCUCGAUAGAGUUCAUCAGCAACAAUAUAAACAUAAUAGAGAACACCAACAAUAAAGACGUUCUGCUUGUAUAUAAGAUAGUCACGGAUGCUGUGCAGCGAAUUGACAUCUUUGACGCGCCGGAGGUCGAUAGAAUUCUAAAGGUAUUCCUAAGGCUGAUCAAGUAUUACUUUAAGGAUAAAAAUUCAAAAGACUUUAAGGAUCUUUGCAUCAUUAUGCCAGCAGAUUAUGAUACAUACAUUCUGAAUAUAAUCAACACAGCAGGAAGGUUUGCAACGGGCGAGGACGAGAGCAAGUCAAUAAACGACUCUAUGCUUGCAAUAGUUGGAGCGCUGGCAGGCGAAAUGCGGGAGGAGACCACAGCUUUGUUUAGAAAAUACUAUAUAACGCUGCCAGUAGGUGUUUUGGAGGUUCUGAUCAAGUGCAUUUUAUACCCGAUUCCAACAGGGAAUGCGUAUCUGGAUCUAAAGCAGAGCAUUUCCUUUAAGAACUGUGGGGACAUAUCUCGGCUAAUUGGGGAGGUAGAUCUUAAAACAGCAAAAGAGUGCGCUGCAGUUCGAGAGGCUCUGGAGAUCCUCUAUGCAGAGGUGCUGAUGCAGGAAGAGCAGGUGAUUGCCCUAUACAAAAGAUGCCUGAUGAUAAACAACUAUUAUAGCAUUGACCUGGCUGUUUCAAUAGGAGUGAUUCUAAACAGAGACGAUCUUAUUGUAAAUUCAGUUCAGGAGUUCACAGGAAAAGGAGUGGUUGCGUUUAUCAGCAUAGUGGAGAAGUGUAGUAGGCUUGUUUACAAGCUGUUUGAGCAGUUCAAAGGGCACGUCCUUCAAAAGAGCGGAGACAUGAUAAACGAAAUUGAGGCGGCAUGCAAGCUGCUGGAAAUGGAGACAUCCCGAGUGAAAGGAAAUAGCAAGUAUAAAGUGGAUGCAAUUGACGUGUUUGGCAGAGAAAUACUUGAGAAAAUAUUCCUGCGCAUUGAUGUAGGGUUCUUUGUAGAGCUUCGAAAGAUUACUAAAUUGCUCCCAUAUCUGAAAGACAGAGUGCAUGAGGCAUUUAUACAGAAAAUCUGGGCCCGGAUGAAGAAUGAGCUAGAGCAGCAGAUGGCUUCUGGAGAGUAUGAAAACAAUAAUGCAAUGCAGAGCAUAAUAAGCACAAUCGCUGCAGAGUGCAAAACCGCGCAGGAGGCGCAGGUUCUGUACGAAAUCGUUGAAAAUGAUGAGUACUCAGCAAGAGGCGUGCUGUCCGGGAUAAAGAAUGUUUUAGACAAUAUUGAAAGAAAUGAGUACUAUAAUCAGGUGAUGAGUGCAAUGAUAAGCAUUUUAGUAAGUAUCUAUGUGUCACACUCGGAUGAAAACACACGUGCAACAGUUGUAGGAUUGAUAAUAGAGAACAAUGACCGCAUCCUAACAAUGCAGAUGAUGUACGAGGUAGAUCUGGCCGAAAUAUAUGCAGUGAAAGAAAAGAGAGUGGUAAUGAAGAAGGUACUUCGGCAGAUUGAAGGGAUCAGUGAGAAACAGGGUGCGCUACUGAAAAAGCCAAAAAAGAUCGAGGCUAGCGAGGAUCGAUGGAGCGAAAUAACAACGCCCUUUAUGUAG